AUGACUAAAAUUAUAAACCACGGUAGAUGGAGCGAAUCCGAGCAUGAGAAGUAUAGAGAAGGGCUAAAAAGAAGCCUGGACUGGAAAAAGAUUGCCAAGCUAGUAGAGACUAGGACUAUACAGCAGUGUAGGUCACAUCAUCAGAAAAUGAAGAAACAGCCUGCAGAGAAGAUUUUUAAAGGAUGCAGGAAGGCAGUGUAAAAAUUAUAUAGGAGAGACGCUGAGACUCAGUAUGAACUUGAAAACCCAUAUCAAGCUUAUCAGCCUUGCCAGAUCGACUUGAACUUUGCUGAAAGCUUUUACAAAUCUUUUUGGUAUCUAUAUGAAAAUAGUGUGAGUCAGCAAAUGUACUUUAGAGAUGCCUUGCCAAAGGAGUGUGCGCUAUAA